AUGAGAUACCAUUUUCUUGUAAUUUUGGCUGUGUACAUAGCCUUUGCAAAUGCCACCGAAUUAACUUUUGAAUUGCCCGAUAACGAGAAACAAUGCUUUUACGAGGAGCUAGAGCAAGGAACAAAGUUUGAUAUAGACUUUCAGGUUAUUGCUGGAGGAAACUAUGAUGUUGACUGUUUUGUGACAGAUCCCCUGAAUAAUAUGCUGUAUCAGGAGCGAAAAAAGCAAUAUGACAGCUUUUCCCAUACAACAACCAUGAAGGGAGUGUACACAGUCUGCUUCAGCAAUGAGUUCUCAACAUUCUCUCACAAAAUUGUUUACCUGGACUUCAGAACUGGAGAGGAUGACAGAUUAAUGCCCGACAUGAACAGAGCGACGGCUCUCACACAGAUGGAGUCAGCCUGCCUGUCUAUCCACGAGAUCCUGAAAGUGGUUUCAGAUUCUCAGACUUGGUAUCGUCUUCGGGAGGCUCAGGACCGAAUCAGGGCUGAAGACCUGAAUGAACGCGUGCAUUUUUGGUCCAUUGGGGAGACCAUCAUCCUGUUUGUGGUCUGCAUUGGCCAGGUGCUUAUGCUUAAGAGUUUCUUCAAUGAGAAGAAAGCCACCAGCACAUAGACCUAGUUUUCUAGUUUGCUGCUGCCUUUCCGUUAAUCAGUCAGAUCCCCUUAAAACAACAUUGACUGAUGCCUACAACCAACCAAAAAUUACAUCUGUGUCAAACAAAAUGCCUUAAAUAUUCAAUAAUGUACUAAAAGCUAUGAAAGAGUUCAUUAUCUUGUGUAGUAAUGGAAAUUGACCUGCUGCACUGUUAUGUUACCACAUCUAAAAUGUUUCUUGUUUGUACCAGUGGUGUUUUGUGAAAUUUUUACAUUUCCCACUUUAAGUGUGUGCACUUGUCAACUUUAAAUGCAUAUGUCUUAACAUAUACUUUAUAUAGAAAAGAAAGAAUAGUUUUGGUGGUUUGUGUUUAGGUAAUUAUGAUAAUAUUAUAAUGAAUUUGGACCUCUAGUUUUCUGUUUAGCAAAGCCUUUUUGUUUAUUUCACAUUAAAAAGGGAAAACACCAUGGUGAAUGAUUUAUAUAGAUCUGGCAAAAUAUGAAACGCUUGUUAAAAGUCAUUAUUUUCCAACCCCUUAAUUAUAUAUCCUGUCUAAUGGUAAGUGCCAGCCACACGCACCACUGCCGAUUUUUCCCCAACUCUAAGUUACUUUGGGGAUAUCGAACAAGGGCUUGCACUUUUUUUGGACUAACUGAAACAUCAACUUAAUGUGCAAUUUCUAAAGAUAUUUUAUAAAUGUAUUACACUUUUUUGGAUAUUUGUUACAAACAAAUCUUAUUUUGUAUACCUCAGUCCAGGAUGUUAAAUCGAUUUGUGACGUUUAUUGAUUUAUGAAAUUAAUGCCAUAAAUUGUUGUUUGUAUUCAUGCCUUGUGUUAAUUCACCAAUUAAAAACAGUUUAGAAUUGA